UUGCGUGUUAUGAAGAUCCCUGGGCUUAGUUCAUUUAGCAUCAAGCCAUAAAGUUGUGUGCGGGAAUGGAGACUCAUCGCCGGCUACCACUCUUGUCUGCAGUCCAUUGUGCUUCGACUUUCCCCGAUUUCUUACCUGCAGUCCUUGGCGCCGUGCGGACUCCUACAGUUUUGUACCGUUCUGACUUACAGCUGGUAUAUAAGCUGAAGUGUGGCACGGUUCAGAGGAUACCAUUGUUGACUAGCCGUUUAACUUCAUACAGUAAUGUGAGGUGCUGAACUUGUGAUUACUGGUCGUGUGAUUGGCUGCUGUCAAGAUUAACGUUAUUUAUUCAUAAUACUAUCCUCUUUCAGACAAUGAAGAUUAUAUUAGCAUUGGUGGCUCUGACAAUGUGUGUCAUACCCACAUCCCUCGGAGCACCGCAGAUCUUCCCCUUCUCAAACCUCAGGAGUUACUUUGAUCAUCAAGUAAGGAACGGUCCUGGAGGUGGGAAACAUGGCGUAGUCCCUGACCUCACGGCUGUAGUGGACACUCCUUUGUUUCGUCAACCAUCGAAAAUCGGGGACAUUCCUGUGAAAACUGUGUCCUCACCACCACCAACGAUCUAUGCCACGAAUCAACAAGCAACAAACCACAAACCAGAUGCUUCGCCGAGUCUGGAGCCUCCUUCUGCGAGUGCAGUGGCUUCUCCUGUUGCUAAAUAUAAUCUGCCAGUUCCAGAACAGGUACUGAAAGCUCCAGAUGCAGUGACUCCUAUCUUGUACGGACAAAUAACAGAACAAGAUAAAGCAAAUGGGAAUUAUCAGCUCCCUCAAGUUACUCAAGGUGUCGUUUCACAGGUUCCUAUAAGCGUUGUUGGCGAGAAGAAGUACACAGCACUUGGUGGGUUUCUACCUUUGGCACCUCCUUAUCUGCUCCUGAAUCCUCCUGCAGUGUCUCAGCAGAAACCUACUGGUCCAUACUCAGCAACUGUUCCAUCGCAGAAUGUACAGCUUCCAGCUGUAGCAUUGAAGUAUCCUGAGAAAAAAGUGACCCAACAGACGCAAGAUAAUCUUCAGUUGCCUCAACCAAUAAUUCCUGCAAAGACUACGAAGGCUCCAAAUCAUAUAUAUCCCAAGAAAUGGCGACCGGAGAAAGAGAAGGAUACUAUUAAAAAGAAAAAUCCCAAGACCGAUGCUGGUAUUUUAAGUACUGUUAACAGUGAUAUCGUAUCCAAUCCACCAAAGAAAGAACGAAAACAAAUAAAAGAACAGAGUUUACCUGCUCCACUGGUGGCAGCCAGCAGUUUUCAAAAGGCAGAUUUGACUCUAUUCCCCGCUCAAGCAAAACGAAAAGUACCAGGGAUUGAUGAGCAGAUCACUUCAGAGACUGGAUUCUCUGGCAUAACUGCAGGCGUCGGCGGCUAUGGCGUCGGGGGCGGUGGAGGCGGUGGGGGAGACAGAGUUGAAUUUCAGAUGCAUGGGCAGCAUGGCCCUCACUCCUACAAAUUCGGCUUUGACACAGGAAAAGGGCAUAAUAGGCAGUUCCGAUACGAAGAAAGGGACACACACGGUCAUGUGAAGGGACACUAUGGGUUUUACAACAAACAUGGCAAGCUGCAGAUUGUCAACUAUUCAGCACAUCCUGAACACGGUUUCCACGCUGAUGGCAACUAUGGAAAUCAUGGCAUCGUUUAAUUUUAAACUAUACUAAACCUUAAAUUUAUUUAUGCAGUUCAGUGUCAAGUUAAUCACAAAUUUUUAACAUUUUUUCAGUAACAUUACUUUGAAAAUAUUUAGAACUUCAAGAUUACUGAAGGUUACACUGAAAUUAAGUCAGUUACACGUUAAACCAUUGUAUGAUGGAGUAAAAAAAAAUUAUUUAAAGAAACGAUCAAAACACGAUCAACCGGGCCUUGGUACUUCUAAGAUAUCUAGUGUACAUCUAUGAAACAACUAUAUAAUGAAUUUAGAUUUUGCCCUAGGUUUUCUGAGGGCUUCAAAACGUGACUUCGCCAGUUGAAUGAAUUCAGUGGAAUGAUACAACACUGUGCUGUACAUAUCUGCCAGCAGCAUCAUUUUCCUUCAGCCCAGAGUCCAGAAGUCGAUUCAUGAAUUGUUGAGGAUAUUGAGGGUGAUCAGUGAGGAAUGGUAAAAACCUGAAAGAAAAGUAAAUUGUAGUACUGUUAUUAAAUCUUGGACUUCUAUUGCAUGUUAUCUGAGCCUGUCUCAUGCUACAGACAAUCAGUAUACAUAUGUAUAUAUAGCUUAUACUUAUACAUAUCUGUAGCUAUACGUUACAUCAAGUUAGCACCUUCACAAAACAGUUAACUAUUUCACAAGAAUAAUUUGUCGAGUCUGGUGGAUUUUAAAAUACAUUGGUUACUAUAUAUACCACCUGCUUGAACAUUAAACAACUCUGCACAUUCCGCAUCGAGUGUGCGUAUGGUUUUCAUACGAGACUCACAAAUAAGCAACGAUUUUUUUUCCUUAA